CUACGUUAUUGAUACUAAAAUACUAUCUGCGACUUUCGUCCACUAUCGGUUGGAAAUUUUCAACAACAUCAAACAAAGUUAUUCUUACACACAUCAACAGCUGAAAAUUUCAUAAACACGGUUAGUUAAGUCAAGUAUAGACAUAUUAACAGACAGUCCGUUCCAGUGAACGCAAAAAAAAAUGAAGAUUCACCUUCUCGUAUUUAGCCUGAUCAUUUAUUCAUCAGGAGUUUUUGCUGCACCUUUGGAGUAUUCGCUGGUAGAUUCCAAGUCAGAAAAAGGACUUAUAAGCUGUUCCCUUUGUAAUUCCAUCAUCUCCGAUGUAUUCACGGGAUUUGAAACUGGUCAGACUGACGAGGAAAUCUCGGCUGGUAUAGCCCAGCGAUGUGAAACGCUCAAUUUGUACAAUUACAAAGUUUGCUACGGAACAGCUUUCAUUGCCAUGCCAACUAUCAGGUACAUCUACUCGCUGGGAUUGGUAGAAGGAAAUAUUUGCGGCAUGUUGUUGCAAACCGAAAAUUGUGGAUUUUCUGAUCCUGGGUUGCUCGAAUGGUCAGUUACACCCAGUUCGAUUCCUAAACCACCCGUCACUGAACCUGCUUUGCCACCGGAUGGUUCUCCAACGCUGAAAGUGUUGCACUUGUCCGACAUCCAUUGGGAUCCGGAAUAUCUUGAAGGAUCGAACGCCGUGUGCACUGAUCCGAUGUGUUGUCGAGCCUCGUCCGGAGAUGUUGUUAACGCUACAGAUGCAGCCGGAUACUGGGGAGACCGUCGCGGAUGCGACAUACCUUGGCGGACCAUUGAAAACGCCGUUGCUCACAUCGCCCAACAACAUUCGGAUGUGUCUUACAUCAUUUGGACGGGAGAUUUGAUUCCUCACGAUACCUGGUCAACCGACAAAGAUGAAAACCUUAUGAUCAUUGAUAGUUUGAUGACUCUAAUGCAGCAAUAUUUCCCAGGAGUUCCUAUGUAUCCGACUUUAGGAAAUCACGAGUCCCAUCCAGUCAACACUUUUGCUCCGCCUGAAAUUACUAAUGUUGAAUUCAACACUGCUUGGCUGUAUGACGAAGCCGAUCGACAAUGGGCUCGAUGGCUCCCGGCUGAAGUCUCCUCAACUGUUCGUUAUGGAGGUUUCUACACUACACUGGCUCAACCGGGCCUCCGUAUCGUCUCGAUGAAUAUGAACUACUGCUACAUUUUCAACUACUGGACUUACUACAAGUCCCAAGAUCCAGCCUCGAUUCUUACCUGGCUUAAUCAAGUCCUUGAAGAUGCCGAAUUAGCUGGAGAAAAGGUUCAUAUUCUCAGUCAUAUUCCACCUGGUAACGGUGAUUGCUGGACGAUCUUUAGCCGAGAGUUUGCCAAAAUUAUUAACAGAUUUGAAUCAACGGUGGCCGCCCAGUUUUACGGACACACCCACAACGACGAAUAUAAAAUCUUCUACGAUCUGGUCGAAUUGGAUCGAGCCGUUAAUGUGGCUUUCGUCGCACCCAGUCUAACAGCCUCGUCUGAUAACGCUGGUUAUCGCAUCUAUACUAUCGACGGCCCGAGACCCGGAUCCACUUGGGCUGUGCUGGACCACAGUUCAUGGAUCAUGAAUCUGACGGUUGCAAAUGCAGAUCCUUCCAUCAGUCCCGUCUGGUUUGAAUUGUACCAAGCCAAACGAGAUUAUGGUCUGACUGACCUGAGUCCCAGAUCGAUGGAUGUCUUUUACCAACGACUAGUGACUGACGACGUCCUCUUUCAAUUGUAUUUUGCGCAUUAUUACAAAAAGGCAGAAGAAAGGCUUGAAGAAGGAUGCGACGCUGAUUGCCGCACCAAGUUACUGUGCUACAUCGUCACAACCGAUCCACUCGAUCAAAGCCGUUGCCAAAAUAUACGUCGCCAGCUUUUGAGCCAGCAUCCUGAAUUCUAAACAACUAUCGUAUAUGAAAGCCAUUCCGCUUGAAAAUUCCCAUCUGUUGGUUAUCGCGCUACAAUACAAAUUAUUACUCUGC